AUGUUGACGGAAUCAGCACGAACAAACGAAAACUCGCCCCCCCAACGGAAUACCAAGGUCAAUGACGUGCACAUGAAGGAGAACUAUGAGGUUAUAGAAUAUAUGGAAGUUGGAGACGACGAGGAGUACUUGGAGGAUCUACAGACAACGGACUUGGCUUCAGCUCAAGAACUCACGGCGAGAAACGUCAACCCCAUGAAGUUGGUCACCUUGUUGAGGGUCAGGUUUGGCAUCGGGCGCUACGAGAUACAGAGGAUGCGGAACGUGUAUAAUAUUCGGACACCUAGACGUCUCUCGGUAGAGGAGAUAGCGAGAUGUAGAUGGGACUGA